GAUCGGGCCAGAAGCAUCGCCUGCGAAAGACAAACAUCGCCAACCUGCUCUCCGACUUCUUCACUUCUCCUCUUCAUCUUCAUCUUCAUCUUCAUCUUCAUCUUCAUCUUCAUCUUCAUCUUCAUCUCUCCUUCAUUCCCUCCAUCCGUAUCCCCUCUUCUCUCUGUGUAUAUUCAUUCUUAAUUCACCCUCUCAUUCCCUCCCAUUGGCUGCUGGCGUUCCCCCAAUCACGAUCUUUCGCAGGUACACGAAGCCAAAUAAAUCGUCCCCUCCCCAACUCGACUCCCUCGACUCUUCGAUCGGCGCCCUCGUCCUACCUUCUUCCCUCAUCCGUGUGCAACAAAGCUUUGCUACAUUGCAGACCUGUUCAUCUGACUGUGUACAUUGCAGGCACGUGAAUACCUGUGGGAAGCUGGUUGUCUUGUUAUUUUUGGUGCUGGGUCUGUGUCUGCUGGGAGGGCAGCAAUAAAUAAGAUUGAUAAGAGAUUCCCCUCUUGACAGUGCUCUCUUUGUUCCAUGUCGUGGUGAUAAAGUAACUUUCUUAUUGUCCCGGGCGUGGGUUGUUGACCCUGUCCCAAGCGAAUUGAGUUGGGAACCAGGAACGAAGGAUAGAUAGAUCUACAACUCCAAGCCACCCCAAAAGGCCAUCCAGGACCUCAAGAGAGCCGCCGUUGUUGUUGUGUUGUUGUUGUACUUGCAUUUCCGGAUCCCUUUUUCUCCAUGCCGAUCAAGCUCCCCAAGGGCUUUGCUCGGCGGAAAUCUUCUGGAAAUGCCUUGGAAGCCUUGGAUGAGACGCCCCAGCCCUCGUUCAGGGUCUUUGAGCGUCCUGGUGCUGCUAGAAAGUCCCUCGAUGGAUCCACCACUCUGAACUCCAGUACCAGCAACAGCAGCCAUAAUAAACGUCUGUCGGAGGACCCCUACGCAAAUAACAUUUUUGCAAACAUAGACCAUCCCUCUCCCGUGGACAACCGGUAUGUCAACCCGAAUCCCAGCGAUCCCUUACGUGGUGGAGGAGCACAAGUCACGAAAUUGACUGGUUUAAGUGGAAGCAGAGGCACUAACAAUUCUGCCUCGACCGGUCGUUUGUACGAUAGCUCUGCUUCCUCCGCCAAGUUUAGUUCCUCCUCUACCUUACCCAGCUCCACCGAUAUCCCCAUCCAAGAUGUUCCCCCCCCCCCCGUGCAUGACUCUUCCUUCUUCUCUUUUCGAUCGGCUGGUCGGACAUUCUCCUUCGGAACCAAAUCCUCUUCUUCCAAGUCGCUACAACGCCUGGAGGCCACCACACCUCGAUCUAGGGGGACUGCGACUGCCAGAGAACGUGCGCCGACUACCAGUACUACGAGUACUGCCACUCCCCACAGGUUACCAGAUACAGAAUUGGAUAUGGGUGACUCGUUAAGUUUCGGGAAUAUGUUUGAUGGAUUUGACAAGGAGAAGGAAGUCCAGAAAGAACCAUUGUCACCAAGUCCGCUUGGCCGGGGGUCCGCAUCAGCACUUCCGCCACUACCUACAAAUGACACUCAGAACCAUCCCACUCCUCUCCGAAUUGUUCCCUCUAAAGAUGUUGAACCCUCCCCGCGCACAAAUGAAAGUCAGAAUUCACGAGACGGCCUAAUGAGUAGGGAAGACGAUGAUAUCAUAUCCCGCCCGCCCGCCUCUCGAGUAAGAACCUCGGUGCAGCCGAACACUAACGGCAGUCUUUCGCCGACAUACAACACUGGUUCAACCUCUAGGUUCUAUAGAAACACCGUACAGCUUGACCGGAAUGCUGCGGUGGAAGAUGAGGACGCAAAGAUCGUUAAAAAUGCAGUAUCUGCACACAGACGGAUGACCGCCGAAUUCUCACCUGACGGUGACUUUCCUGAUCCUCUACCGUUCUCGGAGAACAGACUGCAGCAGCGUAAUAACGUGAAACAAAUCACCCGCCGACCAGUUCUACAAGACGAAGAAUCCCACCUCGCAGCUGCAUUAGCUGCCGAGGCCAGUCUGGCUGAACGAUACGAGGAGAAUGCCAACAACUCCGAGAGGCAGCUACCCACGAAAGUCAUGACUCCGGCUCAGUUUGAACGGUAUCGACAGCAGAAAGAAAUGACGAGGAAGAAUAGUAACGCUUCCGACACCCACCAUUCGGAUGACGAUAGUGAUCAUUAUGACGAGGAAGAAGAGGAUGAGGUGGAGAAGGCUCGCGAGGCGGCGAAGCAAAGGAAGAAGCAGGAAGCUCAUCUGUCAGUCUACAGACAGCAAAUGAUGAAGGUUACGGGAGAGACAAUAAAACCACUCGAUUCGGACCAGAAUGGUGUGGACAAAGCCCGUGCAGCUUCGUUGAACAAUCUAAACCGGAGCUCCUUCCUGGCACCAGAGCCCACGACCAACGGGAAAGUCAGCGAUGGAGAGGACGAUGAUGAUAUUCCUCUUGCCAUUCUUGCGGCGCACGGCUUCCCAAAUAAAACUCGACCACCGGGACAUCUCACCCCGUCGAUCUCAAAUCCUAAUCUUCGUGCAUCGAUGCUAUCGUUCGCUCAAGGCCCGCCCUCCGUUGCCGCUGAACCUACAGCAGGAACGCAAACAGGUCGCACUAGCUUACCAGUAUUUGCACGAAAUCUUCCCCGCGAUCCAUAUAACAUCGGCGCUGGUCUUGUUAACCCAUCGCACCGGGAAUCCCUGGCCAUGGGUGGAGGGACUCCAUCUGUCUACGGCGCACCGCCUGGCUUCCCCCCCGGCGGACUAGUGGGAGUAAUCGCAAAUGAAGAGCGCGCCAAGGCGAUGAGACGAGGGAGCCCGAAUGCGGUUCGUCCAUAUGAUGCGCCCCCAGGAAGCUUGCUCGGUAUGAAUCUGAACGGACAGCACAAUAAUACCAUGCCUCUUCCCCAGCAACAACAGUUCUUGAACGUUCCUGGCGCUCCACCAGGCCAACCGCCAGGGUUCGGCCAACCGGACCAGAUGUCGCAGAUGACCCAGAUGAUGCAGACGCAGAUCCAAUGGAUGCAAUCCAUGAUGCAGAUGCAGGGCAUGCAAAUGCCACUGAAUAUGGGUCUUGGCUCUCAUAACUCUACCCCACCUAACGGACCAUCCAUGGCCCGCCCCAUCUCCAUGCUCUCAAACCUCAACUUCAACCAACCCCAGCCGCAAGGGCCCCCACAAGUCGACCAUAGAACCCUCAGCCUCCUUGACCCCAAAUGGAAUAACAGACAAUCCUCCUUCCUCCCACAGCAACACCCACACCUAGGCCCGGGACCAGGACCCGGCUACACCCCCUCCGUCGCCCCCUCCGAGCGCAGCAACGUCGGCACAGCAAGCCGCUACCGCCCCGUCUCGACAAUGCAACAGCCCCCGCAGGACAACGCGAUGGCGCGUUCGUCGACGUUCACCGCCUCGACGCUGCGGCCGUGGGCGGAUGCGGAGUCGCGGAAGAUGUCUCUCACUUCAAACAUCGGUGGCAAUGGCAUGGGUAUGCAGCAGCCGUAUCACCUGCCGCGGGUGGCGACAGAGGGAUCGAAUGUGGUCGGUGGGUUAAGGCCUGUUAGCGGGCUGAGGGCUAGUACGAAUGCGAGUGUGAACGGUGGGCAAGGUGGGAAGGAUGAAGAUCAUCACGAUGAUGAUGAUGAUGAGGAGGAGGAAGCGGCCUGGGCGGAGAUGAUGAAGAAUCGGGAGAAGAAAAAGAGUGGGUGGCGGUUUAAGAAGACAGGCUCGUCUGGGUUAGGGUUGGGGGAUUUGUUUCCUGGUUCAGGGCCGAAUUCCCCGUGAUUGGAAUUGGAAUGGGGAAUGAAUAUGUGGUGGAUGCGACAAUGGUACGUGAUGAUAUGGCAUGGCUUGCAAUGUGAGGUAUCGGGAGAAUAAUCACGAACGGGCGGAUAAGUACAAGCUGGUGAAUGGAUGCGGGAGAAAAGACAAAAAGGAGUGGUGUAUUUCCAUGAGGACGAAGCUGAGUUACCUGCAUUACCUACGUUGCCUACCCACCUUGGAUUUUGAUCUUCUGCUUUACAUCUAUCCCCUUCACACACACAUACACACAUAACUUACGUACCUAUUUAAUAUCCCUUUCUUGCGCGUUUGGGAUGAUCUAGCUUGCUUGGUGUCUUCGUUCUCUGCGCCCUCCUUGAUUUUUAUGUUAUUUUUCUUUCGCUUUGCUGCGAAUGACAUCUUGGUGUAAUUAUGCUCUCCCCCCCUUCUUUCAGUUUGUGCACGGAUCUUGGUUUCCUUUCUGGUACCUCUCCGUUUUUCGUCAAUUUGGGUUUAUUUUCUGUUCCUGGUUGCUUGCUGAUUUCGUUGUUGAGGGAAUUAUACAAUAAGGGAUUGUUGUUUUGUCGUUCGAUUGCUGCGUAUUUUAUUCCAUUUAUUUAUUUUUGGCUUUCUGAAGAUGGCAUUGCUUAUUUUCUCUGCUUCAUUUUCCUCUUAAUUUGGAUCAUAUAUAUCAUCAUAUACAUAACUAUAGGUAAUUAUAAUUGGAAUUAUUCACAGCUCCGACAACACACGAACAGACACAUGCAUAAAUGCGUCAUGAUGAUUAAAUAUAGUUAGUUAAUAGCUAGCAAAUUCAGGGUUUACAACCUCCCCCUAACCCUUUCCAAAAUCCCCCUCGCCUCCGUCACCACCCCCUUCACAAUCUCCUCCGCACUCUUAACCUCCCUGACCAACCCAAUCCCAGUCCCCGCAUACGUCGUCAUACGACCCUUAGGCCCCCACCCUUCAUCCCCCUUCGCCAUCUCCUCCUUAUACAACCGCUGAUUCUCCGCAUCAUCCAUCCCAGCCUCAUUAUCCCGCAGCGUGUCAUUCACCACCCCGCGCCCAUCAUACCGGGCAGGCCACUCAUUAUACCCGCGCACGGUAUCAUACACCGUCGUCCGCGCCGUGUUCACCCCGCCAUCCUCAACCCGCAACACCUCCGCCUGGUACCCCCGCGCCACCGCCGCCUCCGCACACGCCAGGAACCGCGUCCCCAUCACCACCCCCGCAGCGCCCAGGCACAGCGCCGCCGCCACUCCUCGCCCGUCCGCGAUCCCACCCGCCGCCACCAGGGGUAUCCCCCCAUGCCCAGCCCGCGUCAACGCGUCUUUCACCUCCGGCACGAGCGCGACGAUGCUCGCGCUGCGCGCUAGGCCGUGGCCGCCCGCAUCGCUGCCUUGCACGACCAGCACGUCCGGCUGGGCCUUGUCGGCCACCUCGAGCGCGUCGGCGACGGAGCCGACUUGGAUCCAGAUGCGGGUGCGGUUGUUCGUGGCGCGGCGCACCUCGCGCGCCCAGGCUGCGUAGUUGGCUGCGGGGUCUGGGUCGUGGGCGGCGAAGAGCCAGAGGGCGGCCGGGGUGUGUUUGGCGAGGAUGGGGAGGGCCUGGUCGAGGCUUGCGCCCCCAGCUUAGCAGGCCGACGCCGAUGGGGAUCGGGGAGGUGGCGGGGUCGUCUUUGUUAUAGUUGGGGAUGGGUGGGGAGGAGGAGGCCGAGGCGAGCUCGGCGGCUUGGGUGAGGAGGCUCUCCAGCUUGGAGACGUCGAAGCCGGCGCCGAUGAAGCCGAGGCCUCCGGCACGGGUAACGGAGAUGGCCAGGUUGGGGGAGGCGAUGAAGAGCAUUGGCGCGCUAAUUAUAGCGGGGCAGUUGGCGGGGAGGGUGGGGUGGAGGUCUUGAAGGGUCGGCAUGUUAGAUAGUCGAGUAAAAGUAUCACUUCCCUUUGUUUUGGUUUCUUCGGUUUCGUUGUAUUGGUCUCUGGUAUGAAGCCUGCGUUUUAUGUAGGGGUUUUGAUACGUGUAGACUGGAAACCGGGGAGAGCGGACGCGUGCCCCGUUUAUAUACACUUCGGCGCCCUCAUGGAGUAUUGGAACGUGUUUAAGUGUGGGGCAUAUCGCAGGGGAGGAGAGCAGAGGGAGCAACGUUCGGAUGCUUCUGCCGUUCAGUCAGCGAUUGAUAAUGGUAUUAAUAAUACGGAUGCCCCGGGGGUCUCUGACUCAACUCUUCACGCUCCACGAUGAUCGGGAACUCAAUGAGCGGGGCGGCCUGCAGCUGAGGCGGUGGCCCUGCUGGUUGGUUCCGGAUCUAGGCCGGGCUCUUAACUGGGGAGCAAAUGGAUCUUUGCCAAUUGACCAAUGUUAGAUAGAAGUGUUCGUAUCCAAGCAACUUUAAGAUUGGAGAAAGAGAGCCCUUUUUCUUCCGUCCUGUGAGAUGUUUUGUUACAUAGAUAGGUAUCACAGAUCACAGUAUCUAUUCUGCUUCUGGAAUCCGAAUUUCCUAAAGGGGAAAUAUUGAAGCUGCGGGUCGG